UCCUGUGCCACCCACCCAGGUACCGGGCUGCGGGCUGUGGGGCCGGGGCGAGUAGACGUGGGUCUCUCCAGAGCCGAGAGAAGAGUCUGGAAGAGUUCGGGCUGACCAACGCAUCAAUGAAUGGGGUCGCCCGAGCUCGGAGCGGUGUGACAGCGCUGCUGUCCCCGUCAGGGGGCUGCACGGCAGACAGGCCCGGCCUGCGCCGGGCCGGGAGCCGGCGUCAGCGAAGCGUGUUGAGGGCUCUCUCUGGAGCCGAGUGGGCUACUCGCCUCGGUGGCAGCCCCACGGUCUUCCUUAUCCCCCUCAGUAUGUGGGAGAGUGGGGGAUACGGUUGCCUGUGGGGACAGCAAGGGCUGGCAGAGGAAGCUCGAAGCCCCUUCCCGUGGUGGGGAAGCCGCUGUAAGGUGUUUCGGUGGCCGGGACAUCUAGGAGGCUGUGUGCUCCGCCCUGCACUGAACUACAGGGCUAGGCUUCCUCCUGGGGCUUUCCAACUCCAGCCCACCCGGCCGGCAAUUACCAGCCACUCCUGCUGGAAAGAUUGGACUCCAUUAACCCCAUGACAUUGCAUGCUUGUCUGAGAGGCACGCUUGCCCCUGUCCAAACCUCUACCUGGCCUGCUACCUGGCCAGGUAGGUUGUUUCUAUUCCCAGCGCUGCUGGAGAGCCCAAGCAGGGCCAGGGUGUCCACAAGCCAGUUUUCCUUAAAGGUGAAGAGGACGGAGUGAAUUCCAAGUAAGUGUCUUAGGUUGGGGUGCUGGUGACCUCUUGACAUAUUCAGCAGAGCAAAGGAUCCAGGAGAGGAAAGUUAAUAUAGAUCUUAAUACAGCCCUUGGAGAAACUGAUGUAACCCAGGCCUAGAGGAGGUGCGUGGUAAGCAGGGGAGUGAAAAUUAGCCUGAAUAAUUCUGCCUGUAGCAUAGGAUUCUAGAGGAAAAAAAAUCUGACAAAAAUUCAGCCAGAACUCCUUUUCAACCCAGUUCCUAAAUUCCUGGGAGAGGAGUUUUGGUGCUUUAUCAGGACCUCAGUCUUGAGAGGAAUGGGCUGGGGUUUUGUUUCUCUUCCCUCCUCUGAUUCUCUGAUUGCCCUCUGUGCAUCUUUCUCUUGCCUUCCUAGUAGGCCCGAGUUUAUUAUUUUUCUGUUUAUCUCUCUCCUCGCCCAGCCAUUUAUACUUCAAGUCAAAUGAGAGAUUUUUACUUUGCCAAAGUCCCCAUUUCUUCUCAUGUAUUAUUCAUCCGGCUGUCAUCUGUUCAACUCUGCUUCUCCUAGCUCUCUAGCCAGAUCGGCCUCCUUCCACACAUCUGUGAUGCGCGGUGUCGGGACAUCAGCUCUUUGUCUCAUUAGACCUAGCCCCCACUCUGUCUUCAUUUUCCUCUCUCAGCGUUUGAGGUUCCUGGUUCCUUGUGGGUCUCGGGGUCUCCGAGGGAAAGUUCUGUUUGAAUUUAGCAUGGGGCUAGGCCUGAACAGUUCCAGGAGCUAGUCCCAGGUCACCCUCACCCCUGAAACUUUGUGUCUUUUCAAUCCUCAUAACUUCUCUAACCAAUUCCAGCUCCUCUUGGUCUUCCUGCAACAGUUUCUCAAAGUGUGAUGGAGUAUGCAGAGGGGAGUAUUGAACAGGAGAGAGGAAAAUUAGUCUGGGUAAUUCUCUAAAGGAAAUUAAAAAAAAAAAUCACUCCUCCUCUUCAAUCCAGUUCCUAAAUUCCUAAGAGGAGGGUUUCUGUGCAUGACCUGGGGAAGAGUUAGAAAUGCAAAUUUUCAGGCCCCCUCUGGGUCUACUGAAUCAGAAACUCUGGGGGCAGGGCCCAGCAAGCUGUCUUUUAACCAGCCUUCCGGGUGAUUAAAUGAUGUGUGUGAGUUUAAGAACCCCCGGACCUGAACAACAAUGCUCAACCUGAGAGUUCUCCUGCUGAGGGGCAGAAGGUCUUCUCUGAUCCCAUUUUCCUUCCUCCUCUAACCCUAAGAAAGACAUAGAGCCUUUCGCGUGCAAAUGUUUAAGCACAUGACUACCCAGAGGCACCUCGAAAGAAAGACCUGGCAAUUUGCUUCUGAAAGGUCAGUCUUGAAAACCCUAUGGAGCAGUUCUUCUGUGUACCCACAGGGUUGCUAUGAGUUGGAAUCGACUCAAUGGCAACUGGUUUGAGUUUUUUUUUUGAAGAAAGACAUUAAUUUGAUGGUUAAAAAAAAAAAAGAACUAUGGUUAAUUCAUUCAGUAUCUCUUUAUUGAAUAUCUAUGGUACUGUUGUUGUUAGGUGUUGUUGAGUCCAUUCUGACUUAAUAGCUAUCCUAUGUACAACAGAAUGAAACACUGCCCGGUCCUUUGCCAUCCUCCCAAUUGUUGCUGUGUUUGAGCCCAUUGUUGCAGCCACUAUGUCAGUCCAUCUCAUCGAGGGUCUUCCUCUUUUUUGCUGACCAUCUACUUUACCAAGCAUGAUGUCCUUCUCCAGGGUCUGGUCCCUCUUUAUAACAUCUCCCAAGUAUGUGAGAUGAAGUCUUACCAUCCUCACUUCUAAGGAGCUUCCAAGCCAGAUUUGUACUAGGCUCGGCAAAUGCAAAAAGGAGUAAGACACAGCCCUUUUCCUUCGGGACUUAACAGUGGAGUGGCAGAGAGGCACAUAAACAACCAACUGUAAUACAAUGUGAUAUGUGCAGUAAUUGUCGAGCAUCUGGAGGGCUGUGGGAGCAGAGAGGCAAUGAUCAAUGUGUUCUCUGAGGGAAGUAAACAAUCAGGAGCAGGAAGCCGUGAGGGAAGGAAUUAGGGACCAGGCAGGCUUGAGCAGGGGGACAGGAUUUCCAGCUUUACCUGGCCAGCAAUAACGGAGGGAAGGGGAAGGGGUAGCUGUCCUUGAGGAUCGGUUGGGGGCUGAGCUGAGUCUGCAUCCAGCCUGCACGUAGAUCCCAGCAGGACCCCAGGCCUGCAGCUGGCAGGAGAUGGCAUGAUUCUAGCACUUACGCUGUACACUCCUUGGGCCUGGCCUCGAGGUCAGUGGCUAAGAAUAAGGUGCUAGUGAAGCUGUAGUCUGGAUUAGCGGUGGCACCUCCUGUCGCCGGUGGAAACCCAUUGCUGACUAGUCGAUUUGACUCAUAGCGAACCUAUAGGACAAAGUAGAACCGCCCCACAGGGUUUCCAAGGCUGUAAUCUUUACGGAAACAGACUGCAGAGUUCAGGAAUCCACGGGGGAGGAUUAGGCUGAGAGCUCUCUCAUGUAGAGAGAUGUCAUGGGGCUGGGGGAGGUGGACAGGCAGGUGUGGGAAAUGUGAGCAAGGAGACCCAGUGACAAGAAACCAGAGCAGGAGCUGAGUGGAAGACACUCAAAUAGAAAACCACGGGGGUCAGGAUGGCAGCAGAGAACGUGGAGAAAGAACACAGCGUGUUGUCCAAAAGGCCAGGGGCUGCAGAGCCAGAAUGCUUGGAAACCAACACACAGAAACAGGACCUAGAGCCACUUCGUUGAGUGACCACAGGGGGCACCAUUCACAUGGGAGCCUAUGGGAAUAAACCCUCUGAAGCUGCAACAAGGUGGCCCUAUGGGGACCCAUGAUCUAAAGGCACCAAGGCCAUGUCAAUUCCUUAUUUGUAUCCCUGGAAACUUAGGACACAAAGCAUGUGUGUCUCGAACCGGAUUUGGCCAAAGGAGCAUUUAAGCAGCUGAAUUUUUAUUUGGGAGAGGGAGAGGUUCCAUUUCCAUACGUUCUUCAAAUUAGAGAACUCUGUGGAGAGGUGGUAAGAACCGGACCUUCCUUCAUUCAGUAUCUCUGAAUCCAAAAAGGCCCGAGUCCCAUAACUGGGCCCCACUAUGAUCCUUUGGGUUCUGUGCAGUUUAUGGGGGUGUCAGGACACACAGUAGUUUGGAGACAGGAUCAGAAAGCCCACUUCUUUAAGUUUCUGCUCUUUGUGGAGUAUAAAAUACAUGAAGCCUGUGAGAGCCGGAACUUGACAGGACUGCCUGGUUUUCCAAGUCUUGCAAGUUUUCUGCCUUUGACAGGGUGCAGUCUUACUACUUUUCUAUGGCUCUCUAUUAGUUGAAAAUAUUCGAGUUUUCCUUCUCUGACAGGUUUCCACCUUACACAGGUUCUGGCUUUUGCAGGCUUUACUGUAUGAGGCAGGGUGUGAAAACCUCAAAUGCCCUCAAGAGCCAGGAGGGCGACAUAAAUGUAAGGAGUGUCUGGGUAGGAUACAAAAGGGAAUGAUGGGGCCUGUGGAGAAAUGGAGAGCAGGCCCACCUUUAAAGAAUCCAAAGUCACUUGUUUUUAACAUGUUAUUGGCCAAACAAAACAUUCCUGGGGGCAGGUUUCAGCAGGUUUCAGACUCUCAAUAAAAAGCAAAAAGGUCACAGGAACAGAAGGCCAGGGGACAUUUUAUGUAGGUAUUUUUAUGGAAGGGUCUGUGCAGGGAGAGGGGUCCCUGAGUGGCACAGUUCCCUCUUGACUACUAACCUAAAGGUUGGCGGUUCGAACCUACCCAGUGGCACCACGGACGAAAGGCCUGGCGAUCUGCUUCCAUAAAAUAUUACAGCCAAGAAAACCUUAUAGAGCAGUUCUACUCUGUAACGCGUGGGGUCACCACGACUUGGAAUCGAUUUGACAGUAGUGGGUUUGUUUUUUUGUUUGUUUGUUUUGCACAGGGAGAGUGUAAAUGCUGGAUACGUCCAUCCCAGAGCUAAGUGUGAGCACGGCUGCUGGUUAGGAAGCCCUAAUCAGAAAGGCCAAAAUGAAAGGGACUUAGAAUUUAUCCUGGGGCUUGGGCUGGUUCCUAUCCAGUGGCUGAGAGUAGUAGGUGAUUCUAGUUCAGGUCAUGCCUUGCCCACAGCACUCUUUGCUCAGAGUGGCUCAACCCUGCCCUAGAAUUUAUUUUUAUAUAAAUGUUUACAGGGCAACUUCAGCGACUCUGCUGGGGGUGAGGGGAAAUGAUGGAUUUUGAAUGGGAAAGGAGUCCUGGGUCUAGUGUCAAUUAAGCUCCCUUUUCUUACUAACCAAACCAAACCCAUGGCCGUGGAGUCGAUUCCAACUCAUGGCGACCCCAAGUGUUACAGAGUAGAACUGCUCUAUAGGAUUUUCUUGGCUGUAAUCUUUUAUUGAAGCAGAUCCCCAGGCCUUUCUUCUGCAGCACUGCUGGGAGGGUUCAAACUGCCAAUCUUCUGGUUAGUAGUUGAACACAAACUGCUACAGGAGAGGAAAAGCCCAAAUCUAGGACCUUUAUACCUUAAACCUUAGCUUCCUGGCACCAGAUUAAUGCUACUCCCAGGGCAAUCCUCAUGUGUGUUUUUCCCUUUGGGAGAGAGAGGAGGAACAGACAUGCCCUGUCCUUCAUGCAGGUCAGGUUCAACUUCAUGGAACCAGUUAACGACAAAAGCCAAGUUCUGCCUUUGUGUGCCCAUGGGAACACGCCUCCCUCCCUCCCUUCCCAUAUCUCACCACCAUCACUCCUUCCCUCCCCAAACCUCAUGAGAGGUCCACCCUGCCUCUUUCCUUCCAGAACCAAGACUGCUAAGAUCACAGCCCUGGCCCUAGGAAGUGCCAUUGUAUUUGAGAGGUGCUGGGAAAAUGAGAGACGUAGAAUUGGGGGGUUCUGAUAACUUACAGACCCAGCCCCCUCCAUUCUGUGGGCUAGCUGCUGCAAGCUGAAUUACAGUGAGAACUUUGGACGGGAGAGAUUUUUUUUAAAUCCCCAGCAGCUAAUCUGAAGCUCAUUUGUUAAUUUUGAGAAGGACGCUGUUUGUUUGCGUAACAGAGGCGGGUCGGAACUGCAAGUGUGCUUGGUCCUACUUUCCCUGGCUUGAGCCUGAGAAGGUAGCUGUGGGGGCGGAUCUCUCAGGAGGAGCUGUCUCUGUCUCCUGUGAGCCCUGGGGGCCUCUGGAAGUUAGAGGAACACUUAAAUGUCCUCCAUCCAGGAGGCCAAGAUUAAGAAUUUGUCCCUUAGAGCCAAAAAGAACCCAGCUUGAAACCCAGCAGUGCUCUUUCCACCUGCGUGACCUUGAGCCAGUGGCUUAACCUCUCUGAGGUGCAGCUUCCUCACCUAUGAAAUGGGGAUGAUAAUGGACCCAGGCCUCAUGGGGUUGUGAUGAGGUGAUGAUGUAAAUGCCAGAGACACAUAUUACAGCUGACAUUUGUCAUUGUUAGUUGCCGUACAGUCGACUUCAACUCAUGGUGACCCCAUGUACAACAGAACAAAAUCAUUGCCUGGUCCUGCACCAUCUUCGUGAUCAGUGGUGUGCUUGUGAGUCCACUGUAGAGUGCGUUCUAACCUAGGGGGUGCAUCUUCCAGUGCUCAUAACAGGCAAUAUUCUGUCGUGAUCCGUAAGAUUUUCACUGGCUAAUUUUGGGGCAUGGAUUGCCAGGCCUUUCUUCCUAGUGUGUCAGUCUGGAAGCUGUAGUGAAACCUGUCCACCAUGGGUGACCCUGCUUAUAUUUGAAAUGUUGGUGGCAUAACUUCCAGCAUCAUAGCAACAUGCAAGCCACUGCAGCACAAUGAGGGGUGGUGUAGCUAACAUUUAUCCGGCAGUAUUCUCUGUAUCAAGGAGCCCUGGUAGUAUACUGGUUAAGCUGCUAACCAAAAGGUUGACGGUUGAACCUACCAGUUGUUCCUUAGGAGAUAGAUGUGGCAGUCCGCCUCCAUAAAGAUUUACAGCCUUGGAAACCCUGUGGGGCAGUCCUACUCUGUCCUGUAGUGUCACUGUGAGUCAAAAUCGACUAGAUGGCAAUGGUUUUUUUAAUUACCUGUAGUAAAGUCCCUGAAACCCUGGUGGCAUAGUGGUUAAGUGCUACGGCUGCUAACCAAAGGGUCAGCAGUUUGAAUGCACCAGGCGCUCCUUGGAAACUCUAUGGGGCGAUUCUACUCUGUCCUAUAGAGUCGCUAUGAAUCGGAAUCGACUCCACGGCACUGGCUGGCUGGCUGGCUAGUAAGGACCCUAGGUGAUGCAAAUGGUUUGCACUUGACUACUAACCUAAAGGUUGGGGGUUCAAACUCACCCAGCAGUGGUGCAGAAGAAAGGCCUGGCAAGCUGCAUCUGUAAAGAUCACCCCCCCCCAAAAAAAAAACCCUGUGGAGCAGUUCUACUCUGUAACGCCAUGAGUCAGAGUCCACAGCAAUGUGUUUGGUUUUGUUUUUUAUUCCCUGUAGCAAACGAAAAGAAACAAAGGAGAGAGAGCCAUACCAUGUCCUCCUUUGAACUCCUGGGCACUUGCCUAAUAGUGCAUCACCGUCUUCCGGUGUAGGGAGAUCUGGCUUAGCUGGACAGCAGCAUCUGGGACUUUUCACCUCAGACCACCCACGAGGUGUAGGAGGCGCCUUGUGUGGAGUAGGGACUCAGAACAGCCUGUAGAAUGGCGGAAGGGGUUGGGGAGAAUUCCCAUUUCUAAUCCCUAUUGCCCCAGGUGCCCACAUCUGCCACCACAGUCUCCUGGUCUGCACACUGCUGUCCUGGGCCACGCCAAAGCCACUUUUAGCCCUCCCUCUGCCCUGAGCCCGUGGAACCCUUCCUGUCCAAUGCACUCCCUGUCUGUGCGUCUGUCUGUUGUAUUCCUGUCCCUCUGCUCCCCCAGGGUGGCUUCCCCCUCCCUCCCUGGGGGCUGGUUGGCAUCAGCACAAAACCCAACCACAACCUUUGGCCAUAGGCAAGUGGGGCAGAGAUAGAGCAAGGAGACCGAGGGCCUGGUGAGUAGUGAUGGCCCUCACCAGCCACCUUCCCCCUUGCAGGAGCAGGAGGCCACCCAUCACCAUGAGCAGCACCCUGUCACCUACAGACUUCGACAGCUUGGAGAUCCAGGGCCAGUACAGCGACAUCAACAACCGCUGGGACCUGCCCGACUCCGACUGGGACAAUGACACCAGCUCCGCCCGCCUCUUCGAGAGGUCUCGAAUCAAGGCCCUGGCAGAUGAGCGAGAAGCCGUACAGAAGAAAACCUUCACCAAGUGGGUGAACUCGCACCUGGCCCGGGUGACAUGCCGGGUGGGAGACCUGUACAGUGACCUCCGAGAUGGACGUAACCUCCUGCGGCUGCUCGAAGUGCUCUCUGGAGAGACAUUGCCCAAGCCCACUAAGGGCCGCAUGCGGAUCCACUGUCUGGAGAACGUGGACAAGGCACUGCAGUUCCUGAAGGAGCAGAAAGUACACCUGGAAAACAUGGGUUCCCACGACAUUGUGGACGGGAACCACCGGCUGACCCUGGGGCUGGUCUGGACCAUCAUCCUCCGCUUCCAGAUCCAAGACAUCAGUGUGGAAACAGAAGACAACAAGGAGAAGAAGUCCGCCAAGGACGCCCUGCUGCUGUGGUGCCAGAUGAAGACCGCAGGGUAUCCCAAUGUCAACGUGCACAACUUUACCACCAGCUGGAGAGAUGGGCUGGCCUUCAACGCCAUCGUGCACAAACACCGGCCAGACCUGCUGGAUUUCGAGUCCCUAAAGAAGUGUAAUGCACACUACAAUCUGCAAAAUGCUUUCAAUCUGGCUGAGAAGGAGCUGGGGCUCACCAAGCUGCUGGAUCCUGAAGAUGUGAAUGUGGACCAACCAGAUGAGAAAUCAAUCAUCACCUACGUGGCUACAUACUACCACUACUUCUCUAAGAUGAAGGCCCUGGCUGUGGAAGGCAAAAGAAUCGGCAAGGUGCUGGACCACGCCCUGGAGGCAGAGCGCCUGGUGGAGAAGUAUGAGUCACUGGCCUCAGAGCUGCUGCAGUGGAUCGAGCAAACCAUCGUGACCCUCAAUGACCGGCAGCUGGCCAACUCCCUGAGCGGGGUCCAGAACCAGCUUCAGUCCUUCAACUCCUACCGCACUGUGGAGAAGCCACCCAAGUUCACCGAGAAAGGGAACUUGGAGGUGCUGCUCUUCACCACCCAGAGCAAGCUGCGGGCCAACAACCAGAAGGUCUACACGCCCCGUGAGGGCCGGCUCAUCUCUGACAUCAACAAGGCCUGGGAGAGGCUUGAGAAGGCCGAGCAUGAGCGUGAGCUGGCCCUGCGCACAGAGCUGAUCCGCCAGGAGAAGCUGGAGCAGCUGGCCGCUCGCUUCGACAGAAAGGCCGCCAUGCGGGAGACCUGGCUCAGUGAGAACCAGCGCCUCGUGUCCCAGGACAACUUCGGGCUGGAGCUGGCGGCAGUCGAGGCGGCGGUGCGGAAGCACGAGGCCAUCGAGACGGACAUCAUAGCCUACAGUGGCCGGGUGCAGGCGGUGGACGCCGUGGCCGCGGAGCUGGCAGCCGAGCACUACCACGACAUCAAGCGCAUUGCCGCGCGGCAGCACAAUGUGGCGCGGCUCUGGGCCUUCCUACGGCAGAUGGUGGCCGCCCGGCGGGAGCGGCUACUCCUCAACCUGGAGUUGCAAAAGGUGUUUCAGGACCUGCUCUACCUCAUGGACUGGAUGGAGGAGAUGAAGGGCCGGCUGCAGUCUCAGGACCUGGGCAAGCACCUGGCUGGAGUAGAGGACCUGCUACAGCUGCACGAGCUGGUGGAAGCCGACAUCGCUGUGCAGGCUGAGCGGGUGCGGGCGGUCAGCGCUUCUGCACUGCGCUUCUGCGACCCGGGGAUAGAGUACAAGCCAUGUGACCCUCAGCUGGUGUCAGAGCGGGUGGCCACCCUGGAGCAAAGCUACGAGGCACUGUGUGAGCUGGCCGCGGCACGGCGGGCCCGGCUGGAGGAGUCGAGGCGCCUCUGGCGCUUCCUCUGGGAGGUGGGUGAGGCCGAAGCCUGGGUGCGGGAGCAGCAGCACCUCCUGGCCUCUGCUGAAACUGGCCGAGACCUGACCGGCGUCCUCCGCCUGCUCAACAAGCACACAGCCCUGCGAGGUGAGAUGAGCGGCCGCUUGGGGCCCCUGAAGCUCACCCUGGAGCAGGGCCAGCAGCUAGUGGCCGAGGGCCACCCGGGAGCAGGGCAGGCGGCUGCCCGCGCUGCCGAGCUCCAAGCCCAGUGGGAGCGGCUGGAGGCCCUAGCGGAGGAGCGGGCCCAGCGGCUGGCCCAGGCCGCCAGCCUCUACCAGUUCCAGGCAGAUGCAAAUGACAUGGAGGCCUGGCUGGUGGAUGCGCUGCGCCUGGUGUCCAGCCCCGAGCUGGGGCACGACGAGUUCUCCACGCAGGCCCUGGCCAGGCAGCACCGGGCCCUGGAGGAGGAGAUCCGAGGCCACCGGCCCACACUGGACGCCCUGAGGGAGCAGGCUGUGGCCCUGCCUCCCGCACUGAGCCGGGCCCCCGAGGUGCAGGGCAGGGUGCCCACCCUGGAGCAGCACUACCAGGAGCUGCAGGCCCGGGCAGGCGAGCGGGCACGGGCCCUGGAGGCGGCCCUGGCGCUCUACACCAUGCUUAGCGAGGCUGGAGCCUGCGGCCUCUGGGUGGAGGAGAAGGAGCAGUGGCUCAACGGGCUCGCUCUGCCUGAGCGCCUGGAGGACCUGGAGGUCGUGCAGCAAAGGUUCGAGACCCUGGAGCCCGAAAUGAACACCCUUGCAGCGCGAAUCACUGCUGUGAAUGACAUUGCUGAGCAGCUGCUGAAGGCCAACCCCCCGGGCAAGGGCAGCAUUGUGGACACCCAGAAGCAGCUCAACCACAGGUGGCAGCAGUUUCGGUCCCUGGCAGAUGGCAAGAAGGCAGCACUGACAUCAGCCCUGAGCAUCCAGAACUACCACUUAGAGUGCACAGAGACCCAGGCCUGGAUGAGAGAAAAGAUCAAGGUCAUUGAGUCCACCCAGGGCCUGGGCAAUGACCUGGCUGGGGUGCUGGCACUGCAACGUAAGCUGGCUGGCACAGAGCGGGACCUGGAGGCCAUUGCUGCCCGGGUAGAUGAGCUGACUCGAGAGGCAAAUGCCCUGGCCACUGGCCAUCCAGCCCAAGCCCCCGCCAUCAAUACCCGUCUUGGAGAGGUGCAAGCCAGCUGGGAGGACCUAAGGGCCACCAUGCGACGUCGAGAGGAAUCACUGGGUGAGGCACGGAGACUGCAGGACUUCCUCCGCAGCUUGGAUGAUUUCCAGGCUUGGUUGGGCCGCACACAGACCGCUGUAGCCUCUGAAGAAGGGCCAGCCACCCUGCCUGAAGCAGAGGCCCUCCUUGCCCAACACGCAGCCCUGCGAGGAGAGGUGGAACGGGCCCAGAGUGAAUACAGCCGGUUGCGGGCCUUGGGUGAGGAGGUGACCCAAGACCAGGCUGAUCCCCAGUGCCUCUUCCUACGGCAGCGACUGGAAGCUCUGGGAACUGGCUGGGAGGAGCUAGGCCGCAUGUGGGAGAGCCGGCAAGGCCGCCUGGCCCAGGCCCAUGGCUUCCAAGGGUUCCUGCGGGAUGCUCGCCAGGCUGAGGGCGUGCUCAGCAGCCAGGAAUAUGUUCUGUCUCACACGGAGAUGCCGGGGACACUCCAGGCUGCUGAUGCUGCCAUAAAAAAACUAGAAGAUUUUAUAAGCACCAUGGAUGCCAAUGGGGAGCGAAUCCGUGGGCUCCUAGAGGCCGGGCGUCAAUUGGUGUCUGAGGGCAACAUCCAUGCCGAGAAGAUCCAAGAGAAGGCAGACUCCAUUGAGAGGAGACACAGGAAGAAUCAAGAAGCUGUGCAACAGCUUCUGGGCCGUCUUCGGGACAACCGUGAGCAGCAGCAUUUCUUACAAGAUUGUCAUGAGUUGAAACUCUGGAUUGACGAGAAGAUGCUGACAGCCCAGGACGUGUCCUACGAUGAGGCCCGCAACCUGCACACCAAGUGGCAGAAGCACCAGGCAUUCAUGGCCGAGCUGGCUGCUAACAAGGACUGGUUGGACAAGGUGGACAAGGAGGGGCGGGAGCUGACCCUGGAGAAGCCAGAGCUGAAAGCCCUGGUGUCAGAGAAGCUGAAAGACCUGCACAAGCGCUGGAACGAGCUGGAGACCACCACCCAGGCCAAGGCCCGAAGCCUCUUUGAUGCCAACAGAGCUGAGCUGUUUGCCCAAAGCUGCUCGGCCCUAGAGAGCUGGCUGGAGAGUCUGCAGGCCCAGCUGCACUCAGACGACUACGGCAAGGACCUCACCAGUGUCAACAUUCUGCUCAAGAAGCAGCAGAUGCUGGAACGGGAGAUGGCUGUGAGAGAGAAGGAGGUGGAGGCCAUCCAGGCUCAGGCCAAAGCUCUGGCCCAGGAAGACCGGGGUGCAGGGGAAGUGGAGAGGACCUCACGGGCUGUGGAGGAGAAGUUCAGGGCCCUGUGCCAGCCCAUGAAGGAGCGCUGCCAGCGCCUGCAGGCCUCUCGUGAGCAGCACCAGUUCCACCGGGAUGUGGAGGACGAGAUCUUGUGGGUGACAGAGCGGCUCCCCAUGGCCAGCUCCACGGAACACGGCAAGGACCUGCCCACUGUCCAGCUCCUCAUGAAGAAAAACCAGACCCUGCAGAAGGAGAUCCAGGGCCAUGAGCCACGGAUCGCAGACCUGAAAGAGCGGCAGCAUGCCCUGGGGGCGGCUGCCGCAGGCCCGGAGCUGGCCGAGCUGCAGGAAAUGUGGAAGCGCCUGGGCCGUGAGCUGGAGCUCCGAGGGACGCGGCUGGAGGAGGCCCUGCGGGCUCAGCAGUUCUACCGCGACGCGGCUGAGGCAGAGGCCUGGAUGGGCGAGCAGGAGUUACACAUGAUGGGCCAGGAGAAGGCCAAGGACGAGCUGAGCGCCCAGGCCGAGGUGAAGAAGCACCAGGUGUUGGAACAGGCCCUGGCUGACUACUCCCAGACCAUCCACCAGCUGGCGGCCAGCAGCCAGGACAUGAUUGACCACGACCACCCAGAGAGCACGCGGCUGUCCAUCCGCCAAGCCCAGGUGGACAAGCUGUACGCCAGCCUGAAGGAGCUGGCAGGGGAGCGGCGGGAACGCCUGCAGGAGCACCUCCGGCUGUGCCAGCUGCGCCGCGAGCUGGACGACCUGGAGCAGUGGAUCCAGGAGCGCGAGGUGGUGGCGGCCUCUCACGAGCUGGGCCAGGACUAUGAGCAUGUGACUAUGCUCCGGGACAAAUUCCGAGAGUUCUCCCGGGACACGAGCACCAUCGGUCAGGAGCGCGUGGACAGCACCAACAUGCUGGCCAACGGGCUCAUUGCCGGUGGCCACGCCGCCCGGGCCACAGUGGCCGAGUGGAAAGACGGCCUGAACGAGGCCUGGGCUGAUCUGCUCGAGCUGCUGGACACGCGGGGCCAGGUGCUGGCGGCCGCACACGAGCUGCAGCGCUUCCUGCACGGGGCCCGCCAAGCCCUGGCGCGGGUGCAGCAGAAGCAGCAGCAGCUCCCCGACGGGACAGGCCGAGACCUCAACGCCGCUGAGACCCUGCAGCGCCAACACUGUGCCUAUGAACACGACAUCCAGGCCCUCAGUGCCCAGGUCCAGCAGGUGCAAGAGGACGGCCAGCGGCUCCAGAAGGCCUAUGCCGGUGACAAAGCCGAGGAGAUUGGCCGCCACAUGCGGGCCGUGGCCGAGGCCUGGGCCCAGCUUCAGGGAAGCUCUGCCGCCCGCCGCCAGCUGCUGCUGGACACUACGGACAAGUUCCGCUUCUUCAAGGCCGUCCGGGAGCUGAUGCUGUGGAUGGACGGGGUCAACCUACGGAUGGACGCCCAGGAGCGGCCCCGGGAUGUGUCCUCGGCAGACCUGGUCAUCAAGAAUCAUCAGGGCAUCAAGGCCGAGAUCGAGGCCCGGGCAGACAGCUUCUCCACUUGCAUCAACAUGGGGCAGGAGCUGCUCGCCAAGAGCCACUACGCGGCCGAGGAGAUCUCGGAGAAACUGUCUCAGCUGCAGGCCCGGCGCCAGGAGACGGCUGACAAGUGGCAAGAGAAGAUGGACUGGCUUCAGCUUGUCCUGGAGGUAUUGGUGUUUGGGAGAGACGCAGGCAUGGCAGAGGCCUGGCUGUGCAGCCAGGAGCCGCUGGUACGGAGUUCGGAGCUGGGCUGCACAGUCGAUGAGGUCGAGAGCCUCAUCAAGCGGCACGAGGCCUUCCAGAAGUCAGCGGUGGCCUGGGAGGAGCGUUUCAGCGCUCUGGAGAAGCUCACCACGCUGGAGGAGCAGGAGAAGGAGAGGAAAAGAAAGAUGGAGGAGGAGGAGCGAAGGAAACAGCCUCCAGCCCCAGAGCCCACAGCCGGCCACCCUGCAGGGGACCUGGUGGAUGGCCGGACGCCUCCCGAUGCCAGCUGGGAUGGAACCCACCCACGGCUGCCAUCAUCCGCACAACCGCCCACCGUUAACGGGGUCUGCUCAGAUGCGGAGUCCUCCCAGCCCCUGUUGGAACAACAGAGACGGGAGCAGGGCAGCUUCCCGGAGGGGCCGGUGCCUGGAACAGGGGACGAGGCCAACGGGCCACAAGGAGAGAGGCAGAGCCGGCCCCGGGGCCCAGCCCCUCCUGGGAUGCCCCAGAGCAGGUCAUCUGAGCCAGCGCAUGUGUCCACCUUGCCCCCUCGAGCCCCAGAGCCCUCUGCCCAGGAACAGAUGGAAGGAAUACUGUGCCGCAAACAGGAGAUGGAGGCCUUCGGCAAGAAGGCCGCCAACAGGUCAUGGCAGAACGUGUACUGCGUCCUGCGCCGCGGGAGCCUCGGCUUCUACAAGGACGCAAAGGCGGCCAGCACGGGAGUGCCCUACCAUGGAGAAGUGCCUGUCAGCCUGGCCAGGGCCCAGGGCAGCGUUGCCUUUGAUUACCGGAAGCGCAAACAUGUCUUCAAGCUGGGCUUACAGGAUGGAAAAGAGUAUUUAUUCCAGGCCAAGGAUGAGGCAGAGAUGAGCUCAUGGCUGCGGGUGGUGAAUGCGGCCAUUGCUACCGCGUCCUCCGCCUCUGCAGAGCCCGAGGAGCCAGCGGUGCCCAGUGCCAGCCGGGGCAUGACCCGGGCCAUGACCAUGCCCCCAGUAUCAGUGGUCGGGGCUGAGGGGCCUGUCGUACUUCGCAGCAAGGAUGGCAGAGAACGAGAGCGAGAAAAACGCUUCAGCUUUUUCAAGAAGAGCAAGUAGUUGGGGGCAAGACUCCCAGGACAGCUCCCUCCCUCUGUUGGGGAAACUGCCAGGGACUGUCAAAAGGGACUACCCUCUUGUCAGGACAACUGCCUGCUGCUAGGGUCUGUUGCCAAGGUCAACCCAUCACCAGGAACUGUCACUGGGGGCACGUCAGUGUUCCCGAAGGCAACCCUUCUCUUCUGCUAUUUAAUUCCAGACUGGUGGUGGGACCCAGGCAACCCCCAGUUCCACUCCCCACCCUUACCUUUUCCUUCAUCCCCUAGCCUUAUGCCUCUGCCCGCCCCCCCCCACCACCACAGUGCGGACAGCACCCUCAACACAGGCCAUGUGGGGAAUGGCUGCCCCUGCCUCAGGGUUGUUCUCCCGACACAGCUAGGGCACCCCUUCUGGUUCCUCGCUCCUGGGGGGCCAGCCAGGAACCUCCCAGAGCCGAAGCAGGACCUGAGUGCCAGAGUGCCAGAGCCAGUCAGAGACUCCGAAGCUCCCCCUCCCCAUCCUGUCCUCAUUCUCUGCCCCAGUGGCCACUCCAUCUCCAGCGACUCUAACAGCUUCCAGGUGUGAGUUUUCAGGGGCAAACACAGCCUUGAGUUUGGCCAAGGAGGUGAUUAAAAAGCUCAGCUUCU